AUGAAUGCAGACAAAAGUCUCACCGAGGGUUCGCAGCCCGUUGACAGAAAUGCCGCCGGAUACGUCUCGGACUCCAACUCCGAGACCAGCAAGGAACAGGACCUACUAGCUCACCAUGGACACGACCCUGCUCUGAGCCGGAAGAUGGCUCUGGUGAACGAUGCCAUCAAUGAGCUCGGGUGGACUCCCUACCAUAGCAUACUGUUCUGCCUCAACGGAUUCGGAUAUGCGGUCGACUCACUUGUCAUGCUGCUCCAGUCCGUCAUUGCAGGCCAGGCCUACCGCGAGUUCGGCGAGCAUGGUUACGCGACCGCCAUGACUAUCGCCCUCUACGCCGGCAUGUUCGUCGGCUCCUUGUUCUGGGGUCUCGGCGCCGAUAUCAUCGGCCGCAAACAUGCCUUCAACUUCUCGCUGAUCAUCUGCUGUAUCGCAACCAUUGUCGCCGGCGGCAUGCCCAACUGGCCUUCGCUUGGGCUCUUCAUUGCCCUGAUCGGCUUCGGUGCCGGCGGCAACCUGGUCUUGGAUACCACCGUCUUCUUGGAGUUUUUGCCAGGCAACAAGCAGUGGGCUGUCACCCUCAUGGCUCUCUGGUGGGGUGUUGGGCAGGCCAUCACCGGCUUUAUCGCCUGGGGCUUUUUAGUCCCUGAGCAGUGGAACUGCGCUUCCGUCGAAACAUGCACUCGGGCCAACAACAUGGGCUGGAGAUACGUCAUGUUUGCCAGCGGUGCCCUGGUGUUCGUCAUGUCGGUCCUUCGCCUUACCCUGGUCAAGCUUAAGGAGACGCCGAAGUACCUCCUCAGCAUGGGAGAAGAUGAGAAGGUCGUCGAGACCUUCCAGUCCCUGGCCUUGAAGUACGACCGCCCUUGUAGCCUGACGGUCGAGAAGCUGGUUGCGUGUGGCACGAUAAUCAACCAAUCCAACGGUUUCUCCUUCGGCGAGAUGUUGGGUCACCUCAGCGGCCUGUUCACGACACGCAAGACCACUCUCUCGACCCUGAUGAUUUGGCUGUCCUGGAUGAUGAUCGGAAUUGUGUACCCCUUGUUCUACGCCUUCCUCCCCAACUAUCUCGCCUCGCGCGGCGCCGAGGUUGACGUUACCUCUUUCGAGAAGUGGCGCAACUACGCCCUGACCAACAUCAGCGGCAUUUUCAGCCCGAUCCUAGCCGCUUGGAUGUGCAACAUCCCGCUCCUUGGCCGUCGGUACACCAUGCUGAUCGGUGCGCUCCUGACGGCUGCCUUCUUCUUCGCCUACACGGCCGUGCGCACCGCGGACCAGAACGUCGGCUUCUCGUGCACCAUCGCCUUCUGCCUCAACAUCUACUACGGUGUCCUGUUCGCCUACACUCCCGAGGUGCUCCCCAGCGCCCACCGCGCCACGGGCAACGGUGUCGCCGUCGCCGGUAACCGGAUCAUGGGAGCCUUGUCCGCCGUCAUCGCUACCGAGGCCGACACCACCACGUCCGCGCCCAUCUACAUCUGCGGCGCCCUGUUCGCCGGCUUGGGUAUUGUUGCCGCCAUGUUCCCGUUCGAGCCGUAUGGCAGAAGGAGUUCGUGAGCAACCCG